AUUGAAGUAUCAAGUAGCAUUGGCAAAAGAAAGCACAGGAGAUUCUGAAAGCAGAGCAAUAUGGAGGUCGACUGCCAGAACAAGUCGAGAGGAAGGAUAUUGUAGUGAUAUUGGUUGGUGCACCUGGUAGUGGCAAGUCUACCUUCUGCGAAGACGUCAUGAGAACUGCACACCGUCCCUGGGUUCGAAUCUGCCAGGACACCAUUGCAAAUGGCAAAGCUGGAACAAAAUCCCAGUGCUUAAAGAGUGCAGCUGAUGCAUUGCGUAAUGGAAAAAGUGUAUUUAUUGAUAGAUGCAAUUUAGAAAGAGAACAGCGUUCUGACUUUGUGAAGCUUGGUGGGCCCCAAGUGGAUGUACAUGCUGUAGUGCUUGAUCUUCCUGCUAAGCUUUGUAUAUCUCGGUCAGUAAAACGCUCUGGACAUGAAGGAAACCUGCAAGGUGGAAAAGCUGCUGCAGUUGUAAAUAGAAUGUUACAGAAGAAAGAAUUACCCAAGCUGGGUGAAGGUUUCUCUAGAAUCACAUUUUGUCAGAAUGAAGGUGAUGUACAAAAUGUUGUUAAUACAUAUAGUGCACUUGGUCCCUCAGAUACCCUUCCUUCGGGCUGUUUUGGUCAGAAAAAUCCUGAUGCAAAAAUCCAACUUGGCAUAAUGAAGUUUCUAAAGAAAGUAGAUGCCCCCGAUACUGUUGGACCUGAUGUGCAGACUUGUGUUUCAAAACAAGAUACAAGUGAAAAACUUCCCUCCCAAAAAGAAACUGAAAAUGUUAAGUUAUCAUCAUGUAAGGCCAGUGAAGUAACAGAAGGUGGAGAUUUUCCCAGGAAGGCAUCUGAUGUUCCUACUUUAGCAUUUCCAUCUAUUUCAACCUCAGAUUUUCAAUUCAAUCAUGAGAAGGCAUCUGAUAUCAUUGUUGAGAAAGUUAAGGGGUUCUUGGAUGAGGUUGGUAAUGUCAGGCUAGUACUUGUAGAUCUGUCUCAUGGUUCAAAGAUUUUAUCAUUGGUUAGGAACAAAGCUGCACAGAAGAAUAUUGAUUCCAACAAAUUCUUCACGGUCGUAGGAGAUAUAACUCGACUUUAUACAGGAGCAGGUUUACGCUGCAAUGUGAUUGCUAAUGCUGCCAACUGGAGAUUGAAGCCUGGAGGUGGAGGAGUGAAUGCAGCCAUAUUCAGUGCAGCAGGUCCAGACCUAGAAAUUGCAACCAAGGAUCGAGCUGGAUCUAUUAGCCCUGGGAGUGCUGUGGUUGUCCCUCUUCCUUCAACUUCUCCUUUGUAUAAAAGAGAAGGGGUGACCCAUGUCAUACAUGUUCUUGGACCUAACAUGAAUCCACAAAGACCAAAUUGUUUAGGCAAUGACUACAUCAAGGGCUGCAAGAUUCUCAGCGAGGCUUAUUCAUCACUUUUUGAAGGUUUUGCAUCAAUUGUGAGGAACCAAACAAAAACAGUGGUGAGUGACAAAAAAUUUAGGUCAACUUCCUCAGAGUUGCAUGAGAAUCUCCUUGAGAGAAGCCUUACUGAUCAUUAUAAUAUUGAUCAAAAGGUUAAACGAGGGGGUAAUUAUGGAUCUGAAAGCAACAAGAAGUGCAAAGGACUUCGAGAAGAACCUUUAGUACAUAUGAUGUCAGAAUURGAUGAAAAAGCAAUCCUGUCUGUUUCAACAGAUACUAUGGAGAAGGAAGGGCUGGAGCAUGACAAAGUUGGUGGGAACAAGGUUUGGGGUACAUGGGCUCAAGCUCUUUACCAUAUUGCCAUGCAUCCUGAAAAGCACAAAAAUGAUUUGAUUGAGAUAUCUGAUGAUGUUGUUGUGCUGAAUGACCUUUAUCCCAAGGCACAAAAGCACCUUCUGGUGUUAGCGAGAUUGGAUGGUCUUGAUCGUCUGGCAGAUGUACAGAAAGAACACCUUUCUUUAUUAAGAACAAUGCAUUCUGUGGGUAUCAAGUGGGCCAAGAAAUUUUUAUCUGAUGAUGCUUCAUUGAUCUUCCGGCUUGGAUACCAUUCGGCACCAUCAAUGCGACAGCUGCACCUUCAUGUUAUUAGCCAGGAUUUUAAUUCAAUACACCUAAAGAACAAGAAGCAUUGGAAUUCAUUUAACACUGCUUUCUUUCGUGAUUCUGUUGAUGUAAUUGAGGAAAUUGAUGAACAUGGGAAAGCAACAUUAAAUGAUGAGAGAAUGUUGUCAAUGGAGUUACGUUGCCAUAGAUGCAGGAGUGCACAUCCUAACAUACCUCGCCUCAAAUCACAUAUCAGUAAUUGUCAAGCCAACUUUCCUAUCACCCUGCUCCAAAAUGAUCGCCUUGUAAUUGCACCUAAUGGAGCUGUCAAUGAAGCGUAAGUAUGUACAGGUUAUUCGCCAAACAUUUUGCUGCAUAUAUGUUGAUUGAAACUGGUUUCAGUACUUGAACAAAGUUAAUCCUCUAUUUGGGCCUUUGCUUGCAUUCUUUUGUUUAUCGUAUGAGUUUAUUUUCGGA